CCACACUCGCUCGCCGCUGCUCGCACUCGCAAGCAAAGUCGCACACAUGUGCAGCACCCUAUGCAGUUGCGCUUUCUAAAAACACAAGGAAAAAAAAACAGAUUUGGGUUAAACUCCGGCGGCUACGUUGACAAAGUUCGGGUCGCAUGUGGGCGGCUUUUUACUUGGCCAGCACUUACCGUUGCCUUCCAAGUGGCCGAUGGCCAUAAUUGGCAUCAGCGCCAAUGUUAUUGUUACGGUAAUUAAUCAAGUCCAACAGACACACACACGCUCCCAUUUGAAACAGCUGUGCGUGGUACGGCAACAAAAAAAAGGAAAACUAAAAAACUGGCUAUACUAAUACGGCAAGAAUCCCGCAUAAUUUGCCAGCAUUAUAUAAAUCCAAUUUACUUCCUGCCCAGCCAGCGAAAGUCAAUCGAGCGAUACGCAAAAUAGUAAAUAAAACAAUUAUCGAGCUGGAGGCGAGGAUCAAAAAUCGAUUGCGUGAUUUAAUGCGUCCCAAAUGCCGUCAUGCCGGGCUUUAUUUAAUGAUUUUUUGAAGAGGAAUAAGCGUAGGCACUAUCAAAAGUCAAAUAGAUAUUAUCAAGUGCUCAAAGUUCACAAAUGAAUAGUAAAGCAAGGGUAAUACAUAUAUCAUAGCUGAUAUGCUAUAUUAUAGUACAAUAGUUUAAACCCAUGGGAUUAUGUUUGUAGAGCAUAUCGUUGCCGAUAAAAGUAUUUAAGUAAGAAGGUCAUAUUCAUUUACAAUGCUUUACAUAUUUUUCAAUUUUUGUCUGAAUACUUAUACUCGUCGGUAGUUGCUACAAAGUUUUUAGAAUUAUUUUGAACUAGUAAAUAAUUUGCUUAUAUAUGGUUUUAUAAAAUUUGUUAGUUUUGACGACUAGAUCUUUAAAAACUUUAAAUUACCAUUAAUCUAAGUUAUGGUCGAUAGCUUAUAAAUAAAUAAUCGGUCUUUCGAUUAAUUCUAAAACUAUAACGGUAAAUGCAAUAAGCCCCUCAUUUGGCGGCAGUGUUGCAAAAGCCCACCUGCCAAAGCGUCCUUUCGUCCCUUGACAACACUGCUUAAACGGUAAACUUGUGGACAGAGUGUCUACUGCAAAGUUAAUUUCUGCCGAAGGCGAUUUUUCUUCCAAUAAUUACGAAAAACUGCUGCCAUGCGCGUCCUGGGCACUUGCAAAUCCUGUAACACGGCCAACCGCCUGAGCCUGACCCUAAAGACACAGGCCAAUCCGCAGUCGCUGCUGACCGAUCUGCGCAAGAAUCUGAAUGACAAAACCCGAUUCCGCGAGUAUGUACAAAAGGUGCUCGGCGAUGAGGAACACAUGGGUUCCGUGCUGGACACGAUCUCCGCCACCGAAGAGGACCACCGCCUGGCCACCGUCACCGGCUGGUUCACGGUGAACAUAGCCAACUGUGCCGGCGUCUCCAAUUCGUCCAUAUUUCUGGCCCUCAAGUGGGUACUGAUGCCCGUCAAGGUGGAGAUAUUCAACUUCAAGCGCAGCGGACUGGAGGACCAGAUGGCUCAUGGCCAGUUCAUGGUGGACAACCUGCUGAGCGCCAAUCGUUUGAAGCGUCUACAAGAGGAAGUGGCCGUUCUCUACACGCGCCAGAAAAUCGAGGUGCAGGUCAUACCGGGUCUACCCAAAUCCGUGAUGAACACCCAGAUAACUGAGGGAUUCACUACUGCCCUGGAGGCGGCUAUAACAACGCGCUAUGAACUGGCCACACGCACCCUAGAUCUUUCCCGAUUCCACGCCAGCCCGGAGCUGAACUUUCUUUUCUGUCCGCUGCAUGUGGUCAAGCUGCUGGAGAGCGUGCUCAUCCUGGCCGGACAUGUGUUUCCCCAAAUGACAGGCAUUGUACUGAGCAACAAUUAUUUGUGCACCCUGAAGGCCUUUGCCGGCAUUCCCCAUAACUUUGCCAGCCUGGAGCGCUUGGAUAUAAGCGCAAACAGGAUCAAGGAUUUGGGCGAGCUCAAUUACUUGAAAAAGCUGCGAUUCAAGACCAUCUACUUGGCUGGAAACGGGCUGGCCAAGCUAAAGACGGACGACAUUCGAGAGAUGCUGCCCCAAUUGCAAAACAUUCAUGGUUGCGUGCAACCCGAGGAAAAUGCAAAUGUGGCUGCAAAUCUUCCCAAGUUUCAACAAUUUCACAGUGGUGGAAGUAACGGCUUCCAGUUUUGCUGUGGCUUCAUAAGUUCGUACUAUAAUUUAUUUGACGAUACAGAGAAGCGCUCCCAGCUUAAGGAAUUCUACCACGACGAAGCCAUGUUCUCGCUUAGCGCUCCCGUGCACCUGGAUUGCGUGGGGGCCUACCAAAUGUACAAUAGAAACCAGAAGCGACACUGCUCAUCGUUUGCCCGCAAUGCCAGGCUACAAAUCGGCAGCCCGGCGGUGCUUCUCGCCUUAAGGCGCUUGCCUUCGACUAUGACUAACCGCCAGAAUGCUGGGCUAGACAUCCAGGUGUUCACUGCGAAUUUGCGCAUCUUUACUGUGACAGGAGUCUUCAAGGAGAUAACCUCCGAUGGCUGGGAACCAAGGCCCUUUCAACGCACAUUUGUGCUGCGCCUCCUCAAUAGUCCGGGCUGGCUAAUAACUAACGAUAUGCUGUGCAUAAUUUCUGCUAUUCCGGAGCAAAGAAAAUCAGUCCGUUUUCAACCGGAAGUAACUAAGAUAAACAGCCCUGCAGUCGCUUUUGUUAAAGGGCUAAGCAUCAAAACAAAGGCCCAAGAGAAGCCUGUUCGUUGCCCCUCGAAUAGUGAGGUGGAUCCUCUAAACCAAGCAGUAGAGAAUAUGACACUGUCGACUUCCAAGAUGGAGUCAGCUCCCAGUGACUUUGAUGAUAUGCCUCCACUGGUUGCUAUUGCACCAUUAAGUGCUGCGCCAGUAGAUUCUUUGGAACAGGAAAUCGAAAACACUUUGGUGUCAGAUGAGGAUAACUUUGAAUUGGUCAUCGACGAGGAUGUCCUAAUAGGAGGCCAUGAUUUUUAAUAAUUACAUGUGAAAAAAAACCAACACAUAGCAAUAAGAAAGCUUAAUACAUUUAAAUAGUUAAGACAUCAUUAUAUUCGUUAGUCGAUAGUACACCGAGUGCGGAACUCAAGAAUCUAAUUUAUUUUAAACUUUUAUUUUUU